UCUCACUCUAUUUAUCAUAUUAGGAUGGUGAUAUAUAUUACUAGUCAAAUUGACCCUCGACAAAUCCGCCCACGGACCCUCUUUGCCAUGUGUGUGUUCGUAUAUAUUAUAUUGUAAUUCUCUCUUCCCGCGGCCCUCUAUAUAUAGCUAGCUAGCUAGCUAGCUAUUCAUGCACGCCCUACUAAACUCAUUGGACUCACUCUGCUGAGGAUUCUCCAUUCUCUCUCUGUCUCUCGUUUCCAGUCGUCGAUUUUGUUGUUGCACGGAAUCGUCAUGGCCAAAAUCAAGAUCGGAAUCAACGGUUUCGGAAGGAUUGGCCGUCUCGUGGCCAGAGUGGCUCUUCAGAGCGAUGAUGUUGAACUCGUCGCCGUUAACGAUCCGUUCAUCACAACUGAUUACAUGGCCUACAUGUUUAAGUACGAUACUGUUCAUGGUCAAUGGAAAAAGCAUGAUCUAAAGGUGAAGGAUUCUAAGACCCUUCUCUUUGAUGACAAAUCUGUUGCUGUCUUCGGCAUGAGGAAUCCAGAGGAGAUCCCAUGGGGUGAGACUGGAGCUGAUUAUGUUGUUGAGUCCACUGGAGUUUUUACUGAUAAGGACAAAGCUGCUGCCCAUUUGACGGGUGGUGCAAAGAAGGUUAUUAUUUCUGCUCCAAGUAAGGAUGCUCCCAUGUUUGUUAUGGGUGUCAAUGAGAAGGAAUACAAAGCAGAUAUUAAUAUUGUGUCCAAUGCUAGUUGCACUACAAAUUGUCUUGCCCCAUUGGCAAAGGUUAUUCAUGACAAUUUUGGCAUUGUUGAGGGCCUCAUGACAACAGUGCACUCGAUUACUGCGACACAAAAGACUGUUGAUGGCCCAUCCAUGAAGGACUGGAGAGGUGGAAGAGCUGCCUCAUUCAAUAUUAUCCCCAGCAGUACUGGAGCUGCCAAGGCUGUUGGUAAAGUCCUUCCCUCACUAAAUGGAAAGCUUACUGGAAUGGCUUUCCGUGUUCCCACUGUGGAUGUCUCAGUUGUUGAUCUCACUGCAAAGAUUGAAAAGAAAGCUACAUAUGAUGAUAUCAAAGCUGCCAUUAAGGCGGCAUCUGAGGGUGAUAUGAAGGGAAUUCUUGGUUACACCGAAGAUGAUGUAGUGUCAACUGACUUUGUGGGUGACUCCAGGUCGAGCAUUUUUGAUUCCAAGGCCGGCAUUGCUUUGAAUGACAGCUUUGUGAAGCUCAUCUCUUGGUAUGACAACGAAUGGGGUUACAGCAACCGUGUGGUUGACUUGAUUCGGCACAUUGCCAACACCCAAUAAUGAGAAGUGUGGUUCGACCUGCUUCAGCAAAUGGGCUCUGCUCAAUGAGUUGCUUUGGCACCUAUUCGCGGCUUGUUGUGAAGAUGGCUAGGUUUUAUGUUUUAGGGGUUUUGCUUUUGGAAUAAUUAAUAGCUGUUCAAACUAUGACCCCAACUGGUUAUGUACAGUGGGGGAAUGAUUUUCAUUUUAGGUUUCUAACUUUGCUCCAUUAUUCAAUUUAUGUCCAAAAUCUUAUUACUGCUAUCUUCGAGAGAAAUGAAUUUUGUUUUACUUUUAAUUUA